CGGCACUCCAACGUCAAAAUGUUGUGCGAAAAAUUGAUGUUUCUUCAAAAAACUGCAAAAUAUCGGGUUUCACGUCGAUUAAUGAGUGGACAUCAUGGUGGAACUGCUGGGGAGAAUAUGCCUUUCCGGAAGUGUAUUGGGAACCCGGCCAGAGGUGCUCUGAUGUUUUCGGUAUUUUUUGGAACAGCCAUGUUUGGGCCAUGUCUCAUUCUUAUUUAUCUGAUGCACAAAGAUUAGAAAAAAGUUCAUAUUAAAAUUCCUUCGAUUUAAGUAAGUGCGAGACUUGGCAUCGGCGCCUGAGUGACAAUUACCUAACCUAAUCUGUCAGACUGGAAAAAGUGACAUCAUCUAUAGUCUCUGCUGGAUUUUUUCGUAAAUAAGUUUCUAGUCGUUUAUUUGGGAAAACACAUUUAAAAUCCAGAAUGAUUGGAAGAAGUAGCCUGUUCGCCCGCAAUGCCAUCUCCAACUUCGUCAGAAAUCACUCCCAUGGAGGAGUUCCCGGCGAGAAUCUUCCCUUCCAAAUUGAGAACCGUUACAGGCUGACCGCAGUUUUCAUUCUGUUCUUCGGCUCGGGCUUCGGAGCGCCUUUCCUCAUCUUGAGACAUCAAUUGCUUAAGAAUUAGACAUCUUCACUUAACUUUAGGUUUAGUCGCUGAUCCAGUCUAGUAUUUUGAUAUGUUAGCAGUUCAUUCAAUAAAUGGAUUGAAACGUUAA